CAUUUCUUUCACAAGCCAUAUAGUCUUUUCAAAACUAUUAAUUUAACUCUCUCUCUCUCUGUUUCUCUCUGUUCUUCAACUCGCCUUCUUAAAAAAACUUCUCUGUUUCUCUCUGCUUUGUUUUCUUGCACCAGAUUACCGAGUGCUCGAAGUUACUGUUAUCGAAACUUUCUUUGUAUUCCAUUCAAGGCCUGUACCGAAGAAACUUAGCGAAUGGCUUUGAAUUUUGUGAUAAAUUCGUUAUGUUUUUGUUGAUUCUGAAAGUAAGAGAAGAGAUACUGAAUAGAAGGAGAUCUUGAUGGUUUUUGUAGCUAUGGCUGUCCAAGAUGAAUGUGGAGAUGGUCAUUCAGACUUGGUUCUUCCGGUUGUUAAUGGAUUUGCGUCGAGUUCUGGUCUCCAAAUGAAGGGUCAAUUUUCUUGUGGGAAUGACUACGCUCCUAAGGCAAGGAAACCGUACAUAAUCACCAAACAAAGAGAAAGGUGGACUGAGGAAGAGCAUAAGAAAUUUCUUGAAGCCCUGAAGCUGUAUGGCCGGGCUUGGCGGAAGAUAGAAGAACAUGUUGGCUCAAAGACUGCAGUUCAGAUUCGAAGCCAUGCUCAGAAAUUCUUUUCUAAGGUUGUUCGUGAGUCAAGUGGCAGCAACACAAGCCCACUGGAACCCAUUGAAAUUCCCCCUCCUCGACCGAAACGAAAACCUGUGCAUCCUUACCCUCGUAAAUUGACUAAAACACUUGUCAAAGAAAGCUCAAACCCAGAGCUGCCUAGAAGGUCUAUAUCUCCAAACUUAUCUGUUUCAGAACAGGAAAACCAAUCUCCAACAUCAGUAUUAUCUGCAGUUGGUUCGGACGCUUUUGGUUUCUCCGAUUCGAAUACACCUAAUGGCAGCUUAUCACCAGUUUCAUCUGCUGACCCUGUCCAUACUGGUGGAUUAACACUUUCCCGCCCAAAUUCUUCACCCGAAGAAAGUGGAACUCCACUUGUCUUAGCUGGUGGUUCAGUUUUGGAUGAGCAGUCACCCACGGAUGCCACAAAACUUGAGUUGUUUCCCCAAGAAUUUGCUAGAGAAGUCUCUGCUGAUAAAGCAUCUACCCGGAGCCUUAAGCUGUUUGGUAGAACCGUAUUAGUUACUGAAUCCCAUAGACCGAAUUCUCCCACUGCAGGGACUCCUAAAUCAUUGCCUUCAGAAAUGAAUGAAGGAAGACCUUUGCAAUUAUCGCCGUUGUCAUCUGGGAAUACUAAAUGUGGUUGGAAUCAUUUUUCAGAUGCAGCACCUGCGGGUCUCUGUUUCACGCAAUUCCCAGAUAGAAAUUUAAAUCAGGUGGAAGCUUCAGCUGCUCCUCUGCAAUUGUGGACUUUAUAUGGGAGUCCACCCUUUCCGGUGUCUCCAUACCAUAAGCAGGAGACAGUGAAGGUACAUGUAGAUUUUAAUCUCCAAGAAAUCCAGGAGAAAGAAUUUCAGAAGGAAGGAUCUUGGACUGCUUCAAACUCAAAAUCAGUAAAUGAGGAAGACAGUUUUGAUAAACAUUCAGAGAGCGAAACUCAGAGUUGCCGAUUUUCUUUUGACAAGGAGGAAAAGGAGCCAGAUGUAACUUUUGAGCUUAAACCUAGUGAGAAAUCUGCCUUCUCCGUAAUAAAAGCAAAGCCUGACAAGAGUAUGAAAGGGUUUAUGCCAUAUAAGAAACGUGUGGCAGAAAGAGAAGCUCCAUCAUCAACAAUAACAGGCGAGCAAAGAAUCCGCCUUCGUCUCCGGUGAUGGCAAUGGGUACACUCAUUAGAGUUUCUUGAGUAGCUGAUAGGUGUUUCUUAACCGGUUGAAGAACUGAAUCAGGUGCACUUAACAACUGGAUAGCGGGUUGGGCUGCUUGUGGAAAAACCAUAAGCGUCUGGUUUAUUGCAACUCACAUCUACAUCUAGUUAGUUUUUCACCCCAACUGUUGAAUUCCAUAAUCUGCCCCCUUCCUGUAUGUUUAAUUGUUACAUAUUUUUCCUUUUGAGUAGCAGCUUUAUUCCUUUAAAUUCUUUUCCUUCUUUGAACCGUGAAUUCCUUGUACCCUAAUUUUGCCGUAUCCAUUGUAUAAUAUCCACGACUAGUUUCUUAUUGAUGAGUUAAUGUAUAAUUAUGUUGGAAGUA